AUGGAUCCCGCAAAGUUGGCCAAGCUGCAAGCGCAGGCUGCAGCGAACAGGAUCGGUGGUAAGGGGACUGUGCGCCGCAAAAUCGUGCGGAAAACCAAGCCCUCGACUGCACAGGACGACAAAAAGCUGCAGGGGGCACUCAAGAAGUUGAAUGUGCAACCCAUCCCUGGCGUUGAGGAGGUCAACAUGUUCAGGGAGGACGGCAAUGUCUUGCACUUCACCGCACCAAAAGGAUGUCUCCUAGCCUUUUCGCUUACGUGUACCACGUCUCAUAAUGCUGACAUGUCCCCCUCCUCGAAUCACUUCGCAGUGCACGCGGCUGUUGCCGCUAACACCUUCGCCGUGUACGGCGCCGGCCACGUGAAAGAGCUCACGGAGCUCGUUCCUGGCAUUCUCAACCAGCUUGGCCCUGACUCACUCGCGUCACUGCGCAAGUUGGCCGAAUCCUACCAGGCGAUUCAGCAGAACCAGCAGCGACCACCAAACGCUGCAGCGGAUGACGACGAUGACGAUGUUCCCGACUUGGUGGAGAACUUCGAUGCGGUGGAGGAUAAGCCUGAGGAUACGAGCAACUUGGAGGAACUCAACUGA